AUGUGCCCGGAGGAGGGCGGCGCGGCUGGGCUGGGUGAGCUCCGCUCCUGGUGGGAAGUCCCGGCCAUCGCGCACUUCUGCUCGCUCUUUCGUACCGCGUUCCGCCUGCCGGACUUUGAGAUCGAGGAGUUAGAAGCUGCUCUUCACAGAGAUGACGUGGAGUUUAUCAGUGACCUGAUCGCCUGCCUGCUUCAGGGCUGUUAUCAACGAAGAGAUAUCACGCCUCAGACAUUCCACAGCUACCUAGAGGACAUCAUCAACUAUCGCUGGGAGCUUGAAGAAGGAAAACCCAACCCUCUGAGAGAAGCCAGUUUCCAAGAGCUGCCUCUGCGCACUCGUGUGGAGAUACUACACCGCCUUUGUGAUUAUCGGCUAGAUGCAGAUGAUGUCUUCGAUCUUCUCAAGGGUCUGGAUGCAGAUAGUCUCCGUGUGGAACCACUGGGAGAAGACAAUUCUGGGGCACUCUAUUGGUAUUUCUAUGGAACACGAAUGUACAAGGAGGACCCCGUACAAGGAAAAUCCAAUGGAGAAAUCUCUUUGAGCAGGGAAAGUGAAGGACAAAAAAAUGUCUCAAAUGUUCCUGGAAAAACAGGAAAAAGAAGAGGAAGACCUCCAAAACGGAAAAAACUACAGGAGGAGAUUACAGUGAGUGAAAAGCAGGAAGAAAACUCCUUGGCAUCAGAGCCACAGACAAGAAAUGGGUCCCAAGGGCCAGGCCAAGGCACUUGGUGGCUCCUGUGCCAAACGGAAGAAGAAUGGAGACAGGUCACUGAGAGUUUUCGAGAGAGGACCUCCCUGCGAGAACGGCAACUCUACAAGCUCCUCAGUGAGGACUUCCUGCCCGAGAUCUGCAACAUGAUUGCCCAGAAGGGAAAGCAUCCAUAGCACACAAAAGCAGAGUUACAACCCAGGUGGAUGUCUGACCACCUGUCUGUCAAUUCCGUCAAGCAUGAGGAAACUCCUGUGCUUACCAGAAUAGAAAAACAAAAGCGCAAAGAAGAGGAAGAAGAACGUCAAAUUCUUCUAGCUGUGCAGAAGAAGGAGCAGGAACAGAUGCUAAAGGAAGAGAGGAAACGGGAGUUGGAGGAAAAGGUCAAGGCAGUAGAAGAUCGAGCUAAGAGGAGAAAGCUCAGGGAAGAACGGGCAUGGCUGCUGGCUCAAGGAAAAGAGCUCCCCCCAGAACUUUCACAUCUGGACCCCAAUUCCCCCAUGAGGGAAGAAAAAAAGACUAAGGACCUCUUUGAGUUGGAUGAUGAUUUCACUGCCAUGUAUAAAGUUCUAGAUGUGGUAAAGGCUCACAAGGAUUCCUGGCCUUUUUUGGAACCUGUGGAUGAAUCUUAUGCCCCUAACUAUUACCAGAUUAUUAAGGUCCCCAUGGAUAUUUCAAGUAUGGAGAAGAAACUGAAUGGAGGUUUAUACUGUACCAAGGAGGAAUUUGUAAAUGACAUGAAGACUAUGUUCAGGAAUUGUCGAAAAUAUAAUGGGGAAAGUAGUGAGUAUACCAAGAUGUCUGACAAUUUAGAGAGGUGUUUCCAUCGGGCGAUGAUGAAGCAUUUUCCUGGCGAAGAUGGAGACACAGAUGAAGAAUUUUGGAUCAGAGAGGAUGAAAAGCGGGAGAAGAAACGGAGUCGCGCUGGACGAAGUAGUGGGAGCCAUGUUUGGACCCGCUCCAGAGAACCCGAUGGGCUAGGCAGGAAACAGCAGCCCGUGGAGAAUGGAGGGAAGUCACUGCCACCUGCACGCCGUCGUGCUUCCUCUUCUGGGGACGAUCAGAGUAGCAGUUCCUUGCAGCCCCCCCGAGAGGUGGGCGCUUCCAACGGCCAAGGCUUUUCUCGUUCCCUGCAUUACGGUGGGGUGCCCAACCAGGCACCUCUUUUAAACCAGAUGAGGCCAGCAGUACCAGGAACAUUUGGCCCUCUUCAGGGAUCAGAUCCUGCCAUUUUAUAUGGUUCCUCUAGAGUCCCAGAACCACAUCCUGGAGAGCCUGUUCAGCAGCAUCAACCCUUUGCCAUGCAGCCUCCAGUUGGAAUGAACAACCACCGAGGACCCAGGCUAGGAGCACCUGAAGAGAAACACAUGUGUGGGGGGCUGACACACUUUUCUAACAUGGGCUCACAUCCUGGAUCCUUGCAGCUUGGGCAGAUGAGUGGCCCCAGUCAGGAUGGAAACAUGUAUCCCCCAGCUCAAUUCCAGCCAGGAUUUAUUCCUCCAAGGCAUGGUGGGACUCCAGCCCGACCCCCAGACUUUCCCGAAAGCUCAGAAAUUCCUCCAAGCCACAUGUACCGAUCAUACAAGUACCUGAAUCGAGUGCACUCUGCUGUCUGGAAUGGGAACCAUGGUGCUACAAACCCAGGACCCUUGGGGCCAGAUGAGAAGCCCUCCCUGGGGCCAGGACCCUCUCACCAGCCUCACACUCUUGGUCAUAUGAUGGAUUCCCGAGUGAUGAGACCACCUCUCCCUCCAAACCAGUGGACUGAACAGUCAAGCUUCCUACCUCAUGGAGUUCCUUCAUCAGGGUAUCUGCGCCCACCCUGUAAAUCUGCUAUACAUCGGUUACAGCCUCCAGCCACAGCACAUGGUUCUCUGUUUGGAGCACCUUCCCAGGCUCUGCGGGGGGUCCAAGGAGGGGACUCCAUGAUGGACAGCCCAGAGAUGAUUGCCAUGCAGCAGCUUUCCUCCCGUGUUUGCCCACCAGGUGUGCCUUACCACCCCCGACAGCCCACUCCUCCCCAUUUAUCUGGCCCUUUUCCACAGGUAGCUCACUCAGCAUCAGUAAGUGUAUCCGCCCCCAAGCCUGCCUUGGGGAACCCUGGGAGGACACAGGAUAACAGUGAAACAAAAGAGCCUGAGAAUGACCGAGCAGAGCCAUUGCCUGCACUUGAGGAGAAACCACCAAGCAUUGGUGCUUCAGAGGAGGUGUACCUCAAACAACUACCUCACCCUGCACCUCCUCUGCAGACUGACUGCACCAGACAGAGCUUACCCCAAGAAGGGGAGACAGAGGGCCCAGAGCUCAAAAGCGACUCCUCAGAAUCUGGAGACAACUGCAAAGCAACCAAGGGGAAGAAUACCUGGCCCUCAGAUAGCAGCUACAGCAGCCCAGCUGCCCAAGGAUGUAUGAGAGACCUCUCCACUGUGGCAGAGAGAGGGGCUUUACCUGAAAAUGGAGUGAUUGGUGAACCAUCCCCUUGUGGAUCAGAGGGGAAGAAUCUUGGUGGUAGCGGUUCAGAAAAGCCACUCUGCUCCAGAGGCAAAACAUUGCAGGAAACCAUGCCAUGUACAGGACAGAACACAACUACGCCUCCCAACACAGAUCCCAAUUUGAUGGGAGGCCCUGUAAGCCAGUUUUCUCCCCUGUACAUGCCAGGCCUGGAGUAUCCAAAUACAGCUGCACAUUACCACAUCAGUCCAGGCCUGCAAGGUGUGGGCCCUGUGAUGGGAGGGAAGUCCUCAGUAUCACAUCCUCAGCAUUUCACCCCUAGGGGCUUUCAAUCUAAUAGCCCUCAUUCUGGCAUCUUUCCCCGAUAUCGCCCCCACCAAGGAAUGAGGUAUUCCUACCAGCCACCGCCUCAGCCUUCCUAUCAUCAUUAUCAGCGAACUCCUUAUUACACAUGUCCACAGGGCUUUUCUGACUGGCAAAGACCUUUCCAUCCUCAGGGAAGCCCAAGUGGGCCCCCAUUUACUCAGCCUCCCCCACCAAGGCCCAGCUUCUCAGAUAAGAAUGCCAUGGUUAGCCUACAAGGCUGUGAGACGCUGAAUGCUGCCUUAACUUCCCCAGCCCAGAUGGAUGCAGUGGCUACUAAGGUUGUCCCAACUGACGGGCAGAAUCCUGAUCCAGAGGAAGAGAAGCUGGAUGAAUCUAUGGAGAGGCCAGAGAGUCCCAAAGAGUUUUUAGACUUGGACAACCAUAAUGCAGCUACCAAGCGACAAAGUUCAUUGUCAGCCAAUGAAUAUCUUUAUGGAACUCCCCCUCCAUCUCUGAGUUCAGGGAUGGGUUUUGGUUCAUCUACUUUCCCACCCCGUGGUGUGAUGCUACAAACGGGGCCUCCUUAUACACCUCAGCGGCCAGCCAGUCACUUCCAGCCCAGGGCUUAUUCUUCCCCUGUGGCUGCUCACCCACCUCACCAUCCAGUGGCUGCCCAACCUAAUGGCCUCCCUCAGGAAGGCCCCAUCUACCGCUGCCAGGAAGAAGGCAUUGGUCACUUUCAAGCUGUAAUGAUGGAACAAAUUGGCACUGGAAGUGGGAUAAGGGGACCUUUCCAGGAAAUGUACAGACCAUCAGGAAUGCAGAUGCAUCCUGUCCACUCACAGUCCUCGUUCCCAAAGACCCCAGCACCAGCAACAUCGAAGGAAGAGCUGCCACCACAUAAGCCCCCAACACUUCCUCUGGAUCAGGUUGUCAUCUCCCUGGUCCUGUCCAAACCUCUUGGCUGCUGCCAUAAACCUGAACCCUUUGAGCCCCUACUCAGCAUCCUGUAUCAGCUUUCCAUUGCCCACCUGAAAAAGGAAAAAGAAAAUAAUCAUUUAGUGGACACCCUUUAUAUCCAGGCACUGUUCUAA